UUUUGUCCAAUCAGCGGCUUUGUUGCAACAUUCUUGCGCAUGCGCCGUAGAACAGGCAUCCCUUGUGCUCUACGUCGUGUCCGGUGGAGGUCACAGGCAUCCAAGAAAGCUAAGGUUUCUGCCAUGGCUAAAUUAUUUGAGUCCAUUGGAAAGUUGGGUCUGGCUCUCGCCAUUGGAGGAGGCGUUGUGAAUUCUGCACUUUAUAAUGUUGAUGCAGGGCACCGGGCUGUAAUAUUUGACCGGUUCAGAGGAGUGCAGGACAUUGUGGUUGGAGAAGGAACUCACUUUCUCAUUCCCUGGGUUCAGAAGCCGGUCAUCUUUGAUUGCCGCUCACGUCCACGCAAUGUGCCCGUCAUCACAGGCAGCAAAGAUCUGCAAAAUGUCAACAUCACUCUGCGUAUCCUGUUCCGGCCGGUGACGAGUCAGCUGCCUCGCAUCUUCACCAGCAUUGGAGAGGACUACGAUGAAAGAGUGCUGCCGUCCAUCACCACUGAGGUCUUAAAGGCUGUGGUGGCCAGGUUUGAUGCAGGUGAGCUCAUCACUCAGAGAGAGCUGGUGUCUCGACAGGUCAGUGAAGACCUCACAGAAAGAGCAACCACCUUUGGCCUCAUCUUGGAUGAUGUUUCACUGACACAUUUGACCUUCGGUAAAGAAUUCACAGAAGCCGUUGAGAUGAAACAAGUGGCCCAACAGGAGGCAGAGAGGGCUCGCUUUGUUGUGGAAAAGGCAGAGCAACAGAAGCAGGCGACCAUCAUCUCAGCAGAGGGAGAUUCCCAAGCUGCCUUACUCAUUGCCAACUCUCUGAUGGAUGCAGGUGAUGGUUUAGUGGAGCUGCGUAAGCUUGAGGCAGCCGAGGACAUCGCCUUCCAGCUGGCGCGCUCCCGUAACGUCACAUACCUGCCCUCCGGACAGGGCACGUUGUUCCAGCUGCAGCCGUGAUAGCACGCCGCUCCAUUUUCCCGCUUUAGCCGUCUUCAGCUGUUUUCCCGGCCAUGUAGAGGGCGGUCGGAAGGUUCAGUUUGGGGUCCUCUCCUUUUUGCGUACAUUCCUCUCACUCUAUCUCUAACCACCACUGGACUGGGAAAGGCCGUAAGGCUGCAUCGUGGGAGGUAGAGUGAGAGGUGUGAGACGGAUUUGUUCAUGAAGUUUACCCUUGUACAUGGAAGUGAAGGGGUUAAAUGACUCUCUUUAAUUGCCUAUACAAAGUAAAUAGUUAUCAGAGAUACAGAAAGUUUUUGUGGACAAGUUUCAGGAUCAAAACACUGCAUAUUUCAAAGCAACAGUCAUUUGUUAAAAGAAAUUGGUGAACUCAAUCAUUCUGUCAAAUCUGAUCAAAUUUUCAAAGCUGAAAUCAAGCAAAUAUAUCUCUUCACCAAUGUCAUUGCCACCCCUUAUUGAAUUAAAAUGUGCCUGUCUGACACUUAAUUCUUUUCAGCUGUUGCUGCAUCUUUGAGGUUAAGGAAAAAAUGUAAACCCAACACUUGAGAAAAUGAUUAAAUAAAGUUAUUUCUACCUCUCAGUG